CCAUUUUUUCUCCCUCUUUCUCUCACACUCUCGUUGUAACAGAAAAAGCCCCAUCGCCGCCGCCAUGGCCGCGAUCGCACGACUGAGAGUGGCUGCGACGCCGCUUAAAGCUAUCAGAUUCCUGUCGAAUCGUGCUUUCGGAUCUGCGGCUGCGGUGCAGUACCACUACGACGAGGAGGAAGAAGAAGAGCACUACGAGCAGUGUAUGCCACGUGGCAUGCUGGACACGGAGGGUUCAUCGCCGGAGCGUGGAGUGCAGUGGGUGAUGAUAGGUGAGCCAGGAGCCAGGAGGCACCUCUUCGCCGAGAGGCUCUCGAAGCUUCUAGAAGUUCCUCACAUUUCCAUGGCCACUCUCCUUCGUCAGGAGCUCAGCCCUCGCUCCUCUCUCUACCAGCAGAUAGCGAAUGCCUUGGAUCAUGGAAAGCUUGUCCCUGAGGAAAUCAUUUUUGGGCUGCUAACAAAGAGACUGGAGGAUGGGUACUCAAGAGGUGAAACUGGGUUCAUUCUGGAUGGAAUCCCUCGAACAAGGAUUCAAGCUGAGAUUCUUGAUCACAUUGUUCCUGUUGAUCUGGUGGUGAAUUUCAAGUGUUCGGAAGAGGAUUUAGUGAAAAAGAAUCUAGGAACUCGAAAAUUUACUUCUUGCCAGGAAUAUAUUUUUAUGAAUAGCUCCUGGACCCCAACCAAGCAAUUGCAGGAUGAUCAUGUCCGCAAUCAUGCAGAGGAGUGCAAGCUGUUGGAAGAUUACUACAGGAAGCAGAAGAAACUUCUUAAUUUUGAAGUAGCAGGUGCACCUGGAGAAACCUGGCAGGGACUUCUGGCUGCACUACAUCUCCAGCAUAUUAAUGCUCUUAGUUCUUCACAGAAGUUGACUGCCUGAAGGGUCAUCAAUCUUCUCUGGCACCAAUCCCUUGUCGGCAUUCUAGUAUAUGUGAAUAUGAGAGCCAGAAUUUAUUGGAAAUUUUGGUCUGAGUGUCCAAAUUAUUGUUGAUUUUGUUUUGGAAAAUUUUGAGAAUGAUAGUUUGUUCUGUAGUGCUACUGUCCAAGUUAUAAGAUAGAAAGCGGAAACAGUAUGUAAUGUAUGACUACUAAUCCUACAUGUGAGCGCGUGUUUUCUUCUUUUUUGA